GGUUGAUGGAGGGCCAUGCUAUUCAAACAGCAGGUGUGGCUGAGACAGAAGCUGCUGGUGCUUGGAAGCCUUGCCAUUGGGAGCCUCCUGUAUCUCGUUGCCAGAGUUGGGACUUUGGAUAGGCUCCAGCCCCUUUGCCCUGUUGAAAGCCGAUUUGGUGGUGCCCACAAUCAGGCUGAGUUCCCACUCCGAGCCCUGCAGUUUAAGAGAGGCUUGCUGCAUGAGUUCCGGAAAGGCAACUCUUCCAAGGAGCAGGUUCGCCUCCAUGACCUGGUCCAGCAGCUCCCAAAAGCCAUUAUUAUCGGGGUGAGGAAAGGGGGCACCAGGGCCCUGCUUGAGAUGCUGAACCUCCAUCCUGCAGUGGUCAAAGCUUCCCAAGAGAUCCACUUCUUUGACAAUGAUGAGAAUUAUGCCAAGGGCAUUGAGUGGUACAGGAAAAAGAUGCCUUUUUCCUACCCUCAGCAAAUCACAAUUGAAAAGAGCCCGGCAUAUUUUAUCACAGAAGAGGUUCCAGAAAGGAUUUACAAAAUGAACUCAUCCAUCAAGCUGUUGAUCAUUGUCAGGGAGCCAACCACAAGAGCGAUUUCUGAUUACACUCAGGUGCUAGAGGGGAAGGAGAGGAAGAACAAAACCUACUAUAAGUUUGAAAAGCUGGCCAUAGACCCUAAUACCUGCGAGGUGAACACAAAAUACAAGGCGGUUAGGACCAGCAUAUACACAAAACAUCUGGAGCGCUGGCUGAAGUACUUUCCAAUUGAGCAGUUUCACGUCGUGGACGGAGACCGUCUCAUCGCCGAACCUCUGCCGGAACUACAGCUCGUGGAGAAGUUCUUAAACCUUCCUCCAAGGAUAAGUCAGUACAAUUUAUAUUUUAAUGCUACAAGAGGGUUUUACUGUUUGCGAUUUAACAUUAUCUUUAAUAAGUGCCUGGCGGGAAGCAAGGGGCGCAUCCAUCCUGAGGUAGACCCCUCCGUCGUUACCAAAUUGCGUAAAUUCUUUCAUCCCUUUAAUCAAAAAUUUUACCAGAUCACUGGUCGGACAUUGAACUGGCCCUAAAAUAAUACAACCCUGUACAACACCAUGUGUUGUAUCUGGAGCCAUGUGGUUUCUCCUCUAGAUUAAAAUAUGCACUUUCCCAGACACAGCUACCCAAGUCAUUUUUCCAUGAAUAACUUGUAAAUAUGCAGUGUGUGACCAAAUAAAAGAUCAAUUCUUUUUCUACUGAAAAUUUACAAAACAAAAUAUUAAAUUGCUGUCUGCCUAGUUGCAUCUUUUAAGCUAUUUACAGAAAAAGAAAAAAGAAAAAGAAAGACAAAAAAGCGAAAAGAAGAGGUGGUGGGACUGGGGGAAAGUGACUUUAGAUAUUCCCAAGAGUUCGUCUUCCUUUGAUUCAGAACUUGUCACCUGCCAUUUUCAUAGAUUUAAGCCAAAAGAUGAAUGUGUGAAAAUGUACCAAUGGCUAUGAAGCUUCAGGAAGUAGAGGAUUCAGUUUUAUGGUGUUUCUUUUUGUUUUGUUUUGUUUUGUUUUGUUUUGUUUUGUUUUUGUCCUAAGGUUCUUUAAUUCAGACGCUAAGUUGGUGCCAUGAAAACAGAAUAUGCUAUUUUCUUAUCAUUUAAAAGAAUGUCGUAUCUCAUCAAAUUGACCUUGUUCCAAAGUUCCUGUGGUAAUUUUGCACUAUUGUUCCCACGGUGUCUUUUGUAGCAUGUCUAUCACGUGCCGGAGAAUCAAGUCCUUUUACUUCCAUGUUGUCUGUCAACAAAGAGAAAUGCCCUGUACAUUUUGUAAAUGAUGUAAAUACCAGUUUCACACUAAGUAAUUCUAUUUUGUAAACUGAAUAUGGCUAUUUAAUUUAUUGUGAAAAUUAAAUUUAUUGUGGUAUUUAAAAUGGAAUGGAUUAAAAUUACA